CUCCCGUGUCGUAAAGGUCGGAGUAGCAGUGAGAUUGAGUGUGAGAUAUUACUCGAUUUGUCUAACGUUUUGGAGAGAAGGAAAGAGAGGAGGGAGAUCAGAAUACAAGAGGAUAAGGAGAAGUCAUAGGAAUAUAUAAAAGUGUCUAUUCUCUCGUCGUUGAUUUGGUAAAUUGGACGAAAACGCUAGAAAAAAAAAGGAUAAAAGAGAGUAGUGCCUUAAAAAAAAAUCAGAGAAAGAGAGAAAAGAAAGUGAAGUAAUUAUAAUAAGCAAUUGAAUCUCACAAAAUCCCACUCUCUUCAUCUCUCUUUCUCUCUCUACCUCUCUCUCUCUCUCUUUCUCUCUCCUCUCUAUCGCUCACUUGUACCGAGAGUGAGGCAAGAGGAGGGGGGGAGUGUUCAACAAGUGGUUAUAAAAGUGAGGGAAAAGCCGGAGCGUGUCAAAGAGAGAGAGAGAGAGAGAGAGACGCCGAGGGGAAAAAAAUAGGGGAAAUAAAGAAGAGGAGGACGUAGGGAGAAGAAAGAAGAGGAGCAGGAGGAGGAGGAAGAAGAAGGAGAGAGAAGAAAGGGAAAGAAGAAGGAAAAGCAUCGAUAACAUGUAUCUUCUCACCACACAAGGAUUUCUGUCGCUCUUCAUCACGGUCGUCAUCAUGCGAGGACCCGCUCUCGGCAUCACCAUCACGCGCGUGAGCGUCCCGACGCCCCUGGCCGUGGGCGAGGGCGGCGUGCUGGAGUGCGAGUGGACGUACGACGGCGACCACGUGUACACCCUCAAGUGGUACCAGGGCCUCAGCGAAUUCUACCGCUGGACGCCGCAGGAGACGCCCCCCGCCAAGGCCUUCCCGAUGGACGCGCGGCUGAGCGUGGACCUGCGCGAGUCCGAGGGCGGCCGCGUCAGGAUCCGCAACGUGACGCUGGCGGCGAGCGGACCCUACCGCUGCGAGGUCUCCGGCGAGGCGCCCACCUUCCAGACCGCCCUCCGCUCCGCCGUCAUCACCGUCGUCGGUGGGUGA